AUGGAGAUAGACCAAGUCAUUUCUCUGGUCGAUUGGAUCCCUCGCGUCGAGGAUUUGAUCGCUCAGCACCAUGUCCCGGGUGUGUCCAUUGCAGUGGUGCAAAACGACCAAACAUCGUCCGCGGGCUUUGGAAGCGCAUCCAUCGAGCCCCCAAUACCAUGUACAGCAGAGACUCUUUUUGACGUCGCAUCCUGUGCAAAGUCCAUGACUGCAGCUUCGGUUGCCUUGCUUGUAGAGGACAAUGAAAAAUACUCCGACAUCACAUACGAUACGAUCAUGUCCAACCUACUGCCCCAAGAUUUUGUUAUGUCGGGCUCCGGAUUUACUGAGGGCGUGAUGCUUGAAGAUUUGCUCGGCCACCGGACGGGGAUGGCGGCGCAUGACAAUUCUUACUUCGGGCCCCGGGCGGAAUAUCCAGACAACGCAAGAUCUAUCACCAGAAACCUGAGAAAUCUUGCCGUGGCAGCGCCUCUUCGGUCUCGGUACUUGUACUGCAAUAUGAUGUACACAGUAUUGACACACCUUAUUGAAGAAAAGACCGAGAGGUCAUUUGCAGAUUUCCUGGAAGAGGAAAUCUUCAUGCCGCUCGAUAUGACCUCGAGCAACCUACAGCCUGAAAAUGCCCACAAGAAGGGUCUAGGCAGCCGAAUGGCAACCGGUUAUAUGUGGGACAAAGCCAGCGGGUACCGCGAAUGUCAAUGCGCUGAUUGUCCCGAAGGCCAGGGGGCUGGCUCAAUCGUUUCAAGUGCCAAUGAUCUCAUCAAGUGGGUGAAGGCAUUGAUGAACCAGGAGGGUCCAAUCACCCUCAAGGUCUACCAAGGGCUGCUCAAGCAGCGCAGCUUUCCAAAUCACCAUCCAGCAAGGUUAAGACCGUUCACGUCUCCGCCUAUCUAUGCGGCGGGAAUGGAGCUAUACUAUUACCGAGGUCAUAUGGUUGUGGGGCAUGAUGGUAAUGUUCCCGGAUUCGGGGCCCGUUUUGCUUUCAUUCCGGACACCAAGUUCGGAGCUGUAGUUAUGGGCAACUCUUCAGAAGCUGGUAUUGUUGCUGGGAUGCUCAUUCGCGAGCUAAUCGACGACGCCCUUGGAGUCCCCGAAGCAGAGCGGGCGGGCCGAGCCAAAAAUAGGAGACCUAAGACCGAUGUUCCAGUCCAUACUGAAAAUAAGGGGAAACAGAAGAGUAAGGCAACUCAGAAUCCGAAGUUGAAUCAAGGUGGUCGAAAGCAAAAUACGCACCGACCGAGUGACCACAGAACCCAACCAGCUGAUUCACCAGAACCGCAGACCAAGCCUCUGGAACAGUAUACUGGCCGGUACUGGAAUGCGGGAUAUCGUGGGAUGAAUGUUCGGGUAGUAGAUGAUCGAUUAUUCAUCGACGCCUCGGAUCGUGCUAUGGGAUUCACUCUCACAUUCCACCACCUCUCCAACCAGACACAAUAUGCUGCAUACCUGGUCGACUCUAUCGAAGGCGGGAAUGAUCGGAUUGAGGCAGAAUUCGUGUUCAAAGACGAUCAGGUGGUGGCAAUGGGUCUCCGCUUGGAGCAAUCGCUCAAAAAUUUAAUCUGGUUUGAGAAGAUGAAUAGUGCGACAGAAACUGAGGGCAGAUGA